CCGAAAAGAUCAUCGUUGACAGUGUCUGAUUCAACAAGGAAAGUUUAAACGUUUUCAUAUUUCGAAGGAUUUUCUCGCCCGUUACAGCUUUCGUAUCGGGAGUUUUCCCAAAGUCCUACUCAGUUGACAUUAGUGCCUUCCAACGCCAUGGCCAAAGUGCACGUUAUUUCAACGCCUGAUAGGCUCGCCACAGACGCCGACUUAUCCGAUGGUGAAAGUGGAUCGAUAUGGGAGAGCGCUUCGCAACUAUGCAGGGAAGUUUGGUUUUACAUACUCAUGUUAAACCUCAUGAUGGGGUUAGUAUUCAUCAUCAUGGACGUCAUCUACUACGACAGCUGCUUCCUCGGAUCGACGCUCACCAGAUCAGUUCCAGCCGUCGUUUUCCUAAUUGGAAUAUCACAGAUGUCGCUGUCGUUGAUCAUCCCGGCCUUCGCUCAUUUCCUGAAGAACAAGCAUCUCCACCUUCACAUUGGAAUCCCUCUCUUCAAAAGCUCCAAGUCAACUGUUUUCUUAUUCGCUGGUGUAAUGGUAGCCAUGUCUAUCACAGUCAUGAUGAUUUUUGUGAUGUUAGGCCUGGCUUUCGUAUCUUCGGUGAAGCACUGCGACACAGCCCUGGUUUUGUUCACUCAGAUCACGUGUGGCAUCUACAUCUUUAUAUUUCUGGUCAUCGUGUUGUAUCUCCUAUUCAAAAAGCGAGAGAUCCCAGCUUUCCACAACCACUUCGAGACCUUCAAGACCAAACCUGUUGAGCCGUCUCCUGACUAUGAAACUCUAGACGACAACAAUCCGUUUAGCGAGCAGGCGGACAACCUCUCCGAGGUCAAUCUGGGUGAAACUCCGAACGGUAAUACUAGUUCGAAAGAAAAAGCCUUUACGACGAGAGCCGCUCUUAGCGCAGAGAUGAUGUUUGCCCGGUACAUCUGUGUUGUGGUAGCUGUCAUUUGGGUUAUCGCCUCUGUUCCUGGAAUACCCAUACUGGCAUCCGGUUCCGUUUUUUACAACCGUUGUCCUAACUACCGCCGCGUGCCCGAGUGGCUCAUUGCUCACGGUACUGUCCUGAUGUUCAGUGCCGCUGCCCUAAUCGGUGGAUGGCUUGUGGGCAGAGGGCAAGAAACUAAGAGGCGACUCCUUUUCCUUAUUCCAUCCAUGAUCAUCAUCACGUUCUUGCUCAUCUGGCCUAUCGUUGGCUUUGCUUGGACGGACGAAGCCAGGACGGCCAUGCUUAAAGAUGCGGAGGCCGAGAAAACCGGCUGCACUCGAGAGUUCGUGACUGGCGUCCUCAUUACCUCGGCAAUCUACUCGAUCCCGAUUUUCAUCUUUGGAUACAUCAUUUGCUUAUUCAUUCUGAGUUUAUGCGUUGCGACUGUCACCAUCACCGUCAUGUUUAGUUUACCUUGGCCUAGCCUCCCCAAAAUAAGUCUUGCAUCCCUCCCAUGUUGCCCCAGCCUUCCCACCAUGGAUUGCCUCCCAUCCCUCCCAGAAUGCCCUAGCCUUUCCGACAUGUCGUGCCAUCCAUCACUCCCAGCAUGUCCUAGCCUUUCCGACAUAUGCGUUCCGAGUUGCUGCAAGCGAUCAGAAACGGACGGAGAAGCAGCACCACAACCAGAAGUACAACCAGAAGAAGAACAGCCACAGUGAUUGAUCCAGGGGCAAAUAAAUAAAUAAAUAAAUAAAUAAAUGAAAUAAAAAACAUAAAAGGUUACUGGAGGAGGUCUUCAUUAAUUGGGAAAUACUUCUGGUUGCAUUUUCAUAUUGAAAUACAAUUCCUGGUUUAGUUGAUUUCCUGAUUUUUUAAAGAGCAUUUACGUUUCACCUUUAAAGACGUGUAUGCAUUAAUGUAUGUUUGCGUGUAUUAACAGGCACACACAUGGACAAUAGUUUAGCGAAUUAUGCGAAUUCAAAGAAUAGUCAGAGAAGAAGGAAUAUUUAUUCGUAUCAUUAUUUUCAUUACACGUUAUAUGAAUAUAUAGAUUUGAGCAGUACUUUUUACAAGGGUCAGUAGUCUGUAAUAUCUUUGUUUCACGCAAACUGCUUCAAUUUGUCUAAUAGCAUUCCUCAUUUUAACUGAGUCAUAAGAGUCUUUUUAAUACAGCAAUACAAAAUGAACUUGAGUCUUUUGUUAAGUGACAGGGAAGUACUUUGGGAGUCAUGGAAAGCCGAAGUAACAAGCUAGUUUACAAGAAAGUGGGUCAAGGGUACUUCUUAAGUAGAUGAUAAAAAGAGUCUGGUAUUUUGUAAAGUAAGCAUGUUGAAAUUGAAUAGGCAUAUGCUCUGAACGCUCGGUAUCUAUUACUAUGUUUAGUUGAAAGGUCAUUGUUUCGAAAUUGCACUUUACAUACCACCACGGCACUGAUGAAGUAGGUAAUUGUAGCCUGAAAGGUUAAUUCAUACAUUGUCCAAGAGUCUAUUUAAUCAAUAGAAGACUUUGGUAUUAUGUAAUGGGUUCAUUGUUCUUCGUCUAUAGAGAGAAUGUGUUACAACUGCUGUUUUUUCUGUUGAUACAACGAACUUCUGUUAAGUCUUGUAACUCCUCUUUGUUGCAAGGUGUUCUGAAACUUAGAUUACUACAAGAAAAGUUUUUAAGAAGCCCUUCGUGUGAAAUACUGAGAAAUAUAGAUUAUUACUCAUCAUUACCCAUCCCUUGUAGUAUAUCCCGUACCCUGGACAAUACUGUCAGGCAGCCAUUCGGAGAGAAGGAUAAUUUCACCUUUUUAGUAAGACUCCAAUCUAUAUGUACAAACUACUUUCGAGAGAAAUAAUUGCACAGAUAUUUAGCAACAGAACUGGUAAGCAUUCUGUCGGGUAUACAUUUUUUAUGUUUACCUGACAAUAUUAAGCAUGAAUGCUACCAGCUUCCCGUGUUUGCUGUCUACUUGUAAAUUACACUUUCAACAACAUAGUUAAGCUUAGUUUUAAAUCUAUGGCAUUAAUUAGUUAAUAUCCAUACUUAAUAACACAGAAUUUCGGUAUGUUUGUAUAGCAUUUGGAUACAACCAGUCUCCUAUUCUGUAUGGGAACUCAGUAAUUACGCUUCACAAUUUUUGUCUGUGCCUCUGCAACUAUGCUCCUGUUGAAGCUUUCUUAGAAUUAGGUCGUACUUUGCUGUCUAUGGUACUUAAUAGUCAUUUGUAUCUAAUAAAGUAAUUGACAGAUAUCUAGUUUGUGGAACACCUUUUCAGAUUACAUUUUUGAUUGCCAAGUAAAGUACUUGAACGAGUCUGCUGUUAAAUAUACAAUUUUGUAAAAUGUAUAUCAUUAC